AUGCUGCUCUGGACAGUUGCGCUGCUCUUCAUUCCCUGCGUAGGGAAAACUGCCUGGCUCAGCCUCCAAGUGCAGCCAGACCCCGUGUUUGAAGGGGAUAUCCUGACUCUGCGCUGCUGGGGAAGGAGGAACGCAGCACUGUCCCAGGUGAAAUUCUACAGGGACGGAAAAUUCCUCCAUCUCUCUAAGGACAGCCAGACUCUGUCCACGGGAACAGCAACAGUGAACAGCAGUGGCCGGUACAGCUGCACUGGACAGGUGACAUACAUGCAAUAUGUGGGCAGACGAACCUCAAGGACUGUCACAGUUCAAGUCCAAGGUGAGUCACAACUUGGGGGAGUGGGGGGAGCGGGAAGGGUGCUGCUCAGCGGUCUGGUCUUACAGCCCACCCCUCUCGUGAGCUCCGUGGGGGGAGCCCGGAGCCCACUCCCCCGUGAGGGGAGCCAGAGGUCAGCCUGGCAGCUCCUCUUCUCCUUGCACAAGGAGGGCCACACCCUGCAGGACAGGGGCCUCCACCCAGAACUCUGCAUCCCAGCAGCCGAGGAGGGAGACUCUGGGCUUUACUGGUGCGAGGCGGCCCUUGAGGGUGGCUGGGUCCAGAAACAGAGUCCCCAGCUGGAGGUCAGGGUGAGGGGAGGACGGGGAGAUCCUCCCCAGGGGCCUAGGCACCCGGGGGGUCCCGCUGACCUUUCCAACUGUGUGCUGCCCCGGUUCCUUUGUGGAGCUCCUCCCCUCCGAUCCUCAUUCUACCUCAAUGGGGACACCCUGCGGAACCACGUGGCUCCCCAUGGUGGAGCCGUCUCCUUCCUCUUCCCGGUGAUGUCAGAGCAGGAUGCUGGGGACUGCACCUGCGAGGCUGAGAACAGUGUCUCCAAAGAGACAAGCAAGCCUGAGACACUCUCCGUGGAUGGUCCUCGGGUCUUAUCUGUCCCCACUAGCAACAACUGGCUGGUUCCCUGGUUGCCUGCAAGCCUGCCUGUCAUGAUGGUCGUUGCUGCUGCACUUCUAGGGUACAGCCCAGCCACUGGAAAGCCAGAGGCUGACAGGACCAACUGCUUACUUCUGGGGCCCCUUCCACCCCAGAAUCUGCCCCCAGCCACAGGUGGAGAGGAACACCUACUGUAUGUCAAUGAUGGGACCCCUGCUCUUUGCUCAUUUUCUGUGCGACGUCUGCUUCCUCACCCUGACCUGACUCUCCCACAGGACAUUUCUGUCAUCUACGCUGAGGUGAGAUGCCCUCAGCUCAGUGAGGUUCCAGCCAAGGGGCUGAAGAGAAGAAGCAGGACCCAGCAAGAUCCCAUUGGUGACUGCGAGGGGGUCCUCUGCUAGUGAUGGCAUCUCCUUCCCCCAAGACACACAGCCAUCUGCAGCCCCCAGCGCUCCCCAGGAGACCAGGGGACCCCAGCCUCUUCUGUGGUCCUCCAGUUCCCCAGCCCAGCAGCCAGAAGCCCCGUUUGUGGAGCACAUCAGAAAACUCUGU